CUCGGUUUCGACAAUCUUUGGUUCUCGAGUACUGUCGUCUGCGGCAUCGCUGCAGGGGCUGAGCGCGGUCCCUUAGGGGAGAAACUGGAUCGCAUCGGCCCUAAUUCUGAGCCUGGAAGCCUCCACAACAGUUCUCCCUGUGCGCGACCUUUCACUUAUCGUUACAAGCUUUCUAACGAGCCCGUUUGCGUGCAUUUUGGCCUCCUGCAGCGAUUGUUCUAUAUACCCUAAUUAAACAUUUCAUUGAUUUAGUGCACACGCGGUUGGUGUACAUGUUAUAUCGUUAGGGGUGGCGAAUUCGGUUUUCUUUAGCAGGUUUUUGGUCCGUUUAAUUGAGCGUGGAAGUCGGCAGACGAGCUGAAGCUGUGACAAUAGGUGGUGUGCAAACUGUAGCGCGGGACUUCCCUCGAGUAACUUGUACCUCAUUCAUAUAAUGAUGAUUUUACUUCGAAUGGUGGAGACGAAAUAGAAAUACAGCUUCUCAAUAGUGGUUGUAUCCUGUCGCCACUUUCAUUACCUGAAUGAGGUUUGGGCAUAUUAUGCAAUGUCUGAGAAAUUCUUAGGACUCCGUAAGUUUCAGUUGGUGAGGCUUUGACCUUGUUCGAAAGCUUGGAGUUCGGCAAGAGGUUUGUUACAAGAUGGCAGGACGGGCAAAUGGUCUCGUCAAGGGCACGCUCGCACCGUUGGCAUUAACUGCCAUUUCUCCUGAAGACCGUGCAGCGAAGCUAUUGCAGGAAAAAGCCGAAGCAGAAAAACGGUUAAGGGAAGCCGAAACAAGGCUUAGAGAGGCCAUUCAGGAACUCCAGAACAAACAGAAUGAAACUGGAGAUGGGUUUGGGGAUUCUUUUAGUGGUCGCCAUUCACUCUGCCCGCAUGGGGAUUCAUGUGUGGCCAAUGCCGUGGGAAGCUUGUGCCAGAGUUUCCUACUUGCAUAUGGUGUUCGAGUUGGGAUAGGAGUCAUUCUUAGAGCUUUUAAGCUCAUUAAGAAAAAGCCUUUUUACACUGUCCUUGACCUGAAGCUUCUUUUAUCCGAAAAGGAUCUUAUAGUUAGGGAGGAGGCUUGUCGAACGGGUCUUUUGUUUGGAGGUUUCACAGGGGCUUUUCAUUCAAUCCGUUGUCUUCUGAGAAGAACACGUAACAAGGAAACGCCAAUCAAUGGUUUUGUGGCGGGAACUGUAGCUGGUCUCUCUGUAUUGGCUUUGGAUGAUUCCAGUAGAAGGCGAACUUUUGCAUUGUAUCUUUUGGCCAGGGUAGCACAGUGUGCGUACAAUUCUGCGAAGGCUAAAAAUAAGUUUCACUUCUGGGGUAGUAAAUGGAGUCACGGCGAUACAUUAUUGUUCAGCUUAGCAUCUGCUCAGAUUAUGUACGCCUAUGUUAUGCGUCCAGAGACCCUUCCAGAAUCUUAUUUAGAGUUUAUUACGAAAACUGGACCGAUUGCGAAGCCUACGUUGAAAGCUGUAUGUGAGAGCAAUCGAGGUGUUCCAAUCGAUUUACGAGCUUUAUCAGCAUUUGUUUUCGAAAGAACAGGAGUUGCUGGACCACUGGGUCUGAAAUCUGAUUCACCAAUUAUUCCUUGCACUGGUAUACACCCCCAGACAACUUCAUGUCUGGCGCACAACAGCAAAGCUACUCGGGCAACAUUCAGAAAAACAUUCCCACUCUAUUUGUCACUCACAUUUGUGCCCUUUGUAGUUUUAAAUAUCCAGAAGUUUAUGCAUGCUCCCCUUCACACCUUUUGGAAUGCCUUGAAGAGUGCAACACGCUCCACAUGUUUUCUUUCAGCAUUUGUUGGGAUUUAUCAGGGUGUAAUUUGUCUUCAGCGGAAAGUGGCCACGAGGGAUCACAAGCUAGUGUACUUCUUUGCUGGAGCUAUUGCAGCUUUGUCUGCAUUGAUUGAAAAGAAAAACCGCCGUUCAGAGCUUGCCCUUUACACCCUGCCUCGUGCUGGUGACUCUCUUUGGUACAUCUUGGUAAAUCGUCAUGUUUUGCCUAACAUCAAGCAUGCGGAAGUAGCACUGUUCUGCCUGUGCAUGGGUUGCAUCAUGUACUUUCACGAAUACGAGCCUGACACGAUGGCACCCUUCCUGAGGGGUCUACUUACACGGUUCCUUAACCGUACAGGUACACCUGCCAUGCACUCGUCGACGUCCUAUUCUUACUUGCCUGCACUUGCGUCUUCUGAUGACCGGCUCUCACCGCCAAGUGCGUCGACGUCACAGUCCGGUCACAAUGUAAGAGGCUCUGCACCGUCAUCACGUUCCCCUGGUUCUCCUUCUGUCGACGGCGGUUCACAGGGAUCGAGAGAUUCUCUAAAGACACCAGAAAGGCUCACCAUUGAAGCUUUUCAAGGUCUUUGAGCAUUCAGUGAAGAAAAGGUAAUAGGAAUGGAAGGUCCAGGUAAAUUGAACUGAUUCAACUAGAUUAUUUUUUAGGUGAGGUUUAACUGUGGUGGUUUUUCGCUAUGCUCAAGGUAAAAAGGUUCAUACAUAAACAAUUUUGCAACAGAUCAAAAGGUUAAGUAGCGCAUUAUUCAUCGGUUCUGCUUCUGUCUAUAUACAAUAAUGCAUGCAGUAGCAGCAGUAGGUAGACUCCUUACAGAGAACAAAGGCGCAGGCUGGACGGAUUCUUGGGAUGAUAGUUUGCUUUGCCCGAGCUUAUCUGCAGGGAAACGAAGGUACCCCCACACAUAGAGAUCAUAGAUCGUCUUUGAAAGCUAUGGCUGUUUUGUCAAGAACGCUUAUUAUGUUUUAUUUGAGUAGACACUUGGGCAAUUUUAUUCGAAGCGGUCUGAAAAUAGUAAGUUAUAAGAUUCAUCAGUAGAGUUGACGCAGGCAUUCGUGAUACUUAGAGAUAUUUUCUUCAAGAGACUAAACCAUUUCAUUCUCCUAUCUUAAACGUUGGGAUUCUUCUGAAUGUGACGUGCAAUGUUCGCAUUACAGCUGGUUCAAGUUAAAACUA